AGGGCCUGUUCACACUCAGCUCUCUCAUUAUGCUGUUUGCUCACCGCUCAGCGUGAAAAAAUCAUUUCAUGUGAUUUAAAACACAGCUGGAGGCCAACUUUGAGGCAAUAAGCAUACGAGCAGAUCAUAAUAAAGAAGAAUACACGUUAGCAACAAGCUAGUGCAUGUUUAGCAGCUUUAUAAACAGCUGUUGUGGCGUUGGUGGAGACUAAAAACGGAGCUAAAAACAGGGAGAAUAUCGCCGUUCCAUUCAUCACCAGAACAGAAACACAACCCAGAAUGAAUAUUAAUGUCGCUCUUUCUGUUUCUGAAUGUGUAAAUUAGCGUCUGCUCGCUUACACGUUAGCCAAAACGGCCAUCUGCUUGCUACGCUAUAUCCGUUUUAGAACAUUAUUAGCACUGCUCCACCCACAAAUGGGCUAAAAUCACUCAUUUUAGGUUCGCGUUAAAACCUGAUGUGAGAUGUGUUUGCGGAUCUAUUUUCUUUUACCCAGAAAGGAAAAAAUCAGUUUUCUUCUCAUCAGCCAACCCCCUAAGAAACGAUGUAUGAAAGUUUGAUUAUGGUCUAGUUUAAUAACCUUAGAGCAGGGGUGUCCAACAUGCGGCCCGCGGGCCAAAACCGGCCCUCCAGAGGGUCCAAUCUGGUCCAUGGGACGACUUUGUAAAGUGUCUGAGGGAAGGCAUUAAGUGCAGAUUGUAAAUUUGUAAAAUUAUAAAUUUAAAAUAAUUUCUAGAAAAUGAACAAAACAACAAGUUGUUUGGAUCUUAAAGUAAAAUCCUAGAUUGUUCUUUUCCUGUUUUCUGUCCCAUUUUUGUCAUAUUUUGUCUCCUUUUUGUUGUUUUUGGACUUUUUAUGUCUGAUUUUUGUCAUUUUUGUCAUGUUUCACGCUUUUGUCAUUUUUUGUUUUGUUUGUCCAUUUUUGUCACUUUGAAACUUUUUGUCCAAUUUUUUGUCAUUGUUUUGUUUUGUGUUAUUUGUCUAUUUUUGUCAUUUUGUGUCUCAUUUUUGAAAUAUUUUGUCUUGUUUUUGCAGUUUUUUGUCUGACUUUUAUUGUUCUUCCACAUCUUUGUCGUUUUGUGUUUCUUUUUUGUCUCUUGUAUUUUUUGUCUCAUUUUUGUCAUUUUGUGUUUUGCGUUUUUUCGUGUUCUGUGUGUUGUUUCACACUUUUGCCAUUUUUUGUCUCGUCUGUAACUUUUUUGUCCGUUAUUUGUUUUGUUUUGUCAAAUUUUUGGUCAUUUUGUGUGUCAUUUUUGUUAUUAUGUUGUCUUGUUUUUGUUGUUUUUGGUCUUUUUUUUUAAAGUAAAACACUAUAUUAUUCAGUUCCAGAUACCUGUGACUUAAUGUUUUGUUGAAAUUGAACUUAAUUUUCUUAAGACAUUUCAGGUUGUUUGUAACGUUUUGUAGAAAGAUAAUCCUUAAAUGUGAAUAUUUUUGCACAAAAACAAAGGAAAAAUGUGGAGCUGUGGUUAUUUAUAGGUUAUUAUUCUGUGAUUUUACUGGAGGUCAGACUGGGCUGAACAAGGAACCUGAACUAAAACGAUUGUGACACCCCUGAGGUCUAUUCCUUGGGUCGUUUAUUCACAUUUCCAUGAACGUUUCCAUCUCCUCUCUGACUUUUUUAUUUUCUCAGCCUGGCCUAUAAAACAGUUCCUCUUCCUCAGCAGGGCACAGCUAUGGAUCCUACCUGCUCUGACGUGGACCGGCUGAUGAACCGCUACUACCUACCCGUCGCCUACUCCAUCAUCUUCAUCGUGGGCCUGGUGGGAAACAUCACCUCCAUCAGCAUCUACGCAACCAAACUGCGUCCCUGGAAGAGCAGCAGCAUCAUCCUGGUGAACCUGGCACUGACAGACCUCCUCUACGUCCUCAGCAUGCCCUUCCUCAUCCACUACUACACCAACCAGGAGGCCUGGACGCUCGGAGACUUCAUGUGCCGCUUGGUGCGCUCCGGGUUCCACUUGAACCUUUACGGGAGCAUCCUCUUCCUCACCUGCCUGGCGGUUUUCCGCUUCGUGGUGGUGAUGAAGCCCCUGAAGGCGGCGCAGGUGCAGCAGAAGCUUUGGGGCGUCGCUGCGUGUUCGGCCGUCUGGAUCGUCGCCGCCGCCAAAAUCACACCGAUGCUAACCGUGAUAUCGGUGGACGUGAAAGACAACAAGACCAGCUGCUUGGACUUUGCUAGCAGCAUGUCCGGCCGUGGCAUGGAGUGGUACGGCUGGCUGCUCACUGCUCUGGGGUUUCUGCUGCCCCUAGUGGUCGUGUUCAUGUGUUACAUCGGCGUUGCCAAAGAGCUGGAGAAAGGGCCCGACGCCAGCAGUCCUGCUCGGAUGAGAGCGCGCCGUGUUACCGUGUUGAUCCUGGUGGUGUUCGUCACGUGUUUCCUGCCGUAUCACGUGUUGCGUGCGUGGCGGAUAAAAAUCCAAGGGUGUGCAUCGUGCAUGGAGGAAAUAGUGCACGCCGCCUACAUCAUCUCCAGACCUCUGGCCGGAUUCAACACCUUCUUUAACUUGGCUCUGUACACUCUGUCAGGAGAGAAGUUCAGGAGGGCCUUCCUGAGCGCCUUUCACUGCCAACGUCGGCUGCAAAGGACGGUCCCUCCAGGAAUUCAUGAUGUUGCGAUCGUGCAAAUUAACGUUAAUUCAACUUUUCCGCAAUUUAGUCCCGCCUCCCAUGAGUUCCACCAAUCACAGCAGUGCCCAGCGUAACGCACGUACAUCACGGAAUCCACUUCCUUGUUUUUGGUUUGGAGAUCCAGACAUGUCCCAUUCUAAUGUCUCUCAUUCACCAACAAAAGUUCCUGCUGAAGACGUGAAAACAGUCGAUUCCCUGAUGGAUGCAGGAUGAAAUGACGGACCGAUCAGCGCCACACUGGAGCUGAACCCAAGUAGAUGAUUAGCAGCGACGAAACACAUCAAACCAAGCAUCUUAAAAUGUAAAUGUGAAGAAAUUAAAGCUUUUUUUUGAAACAUAAGACUUGUGUUUUUCGGCUAACUGAUCAAACAGAUGAUUAACUGAGAUAAUGAGUACAUAAAUCAUGCAUAGAUUGUUUCUAAAAGGUGGAUGAAGCCUCUGGAUCUUAAGCGUGAAGCCAAAUCUGCAUUCUUUCAAACAGCCAGCAGGGGGCGACUCAUGUGACUAGAUAAAGAAGUCUGAUUGUAUAGAAGUGAAUGGGAAGACGAUCCUACUUCCGACUUCAUCUGUUACAUCGUCAAACAGUUUCCUGCUGAGUUUAUAGUCUGAAUCUCUAGUAUGAAGUCUCUUUCAACAAAUAAUUUUGUGAAAUGUCUAUUUUGAAAAGCAGGGCGUGUUUUAUGAGGAAUGGAAAAAGCGCUCAGAAGUGAUCAGCCAUGAUUCAUAAUCUCCACCUUUAUUUGAAAUGCUCCACUUCAGACUGUAUCAUGCUUUGUUGCAGUGAAGUGAUUUUCCGGGCUGACACCUCCUGCAGCUUCU